UGUAACCAGCCAAUUAAUUCAUGCAUCCACCUAUUGAAUCCAUUGAAGGUUUGAAUUUGAGCCGACAUAACUCGUGUCAAUGAAGCAAAGUUCUCCCCCACGUACCGUUUUCCUCUUCUAAUAAAUCUUCACUUCACAUCAAGCAUAUUUAUAUCAAUGAAUCCUCAACUCAAUUACCCCACAUAUUCAUUAAUGUUCUCUUUAUAAAAGCCCCCAUAUCCUGAGUCUUAAUUUAAUUCUUCAAUCUAAAGCCAACCAACCUACCAUAAAGGCUUAUUUGGCUUUCUCUUCUUUUUCAUCUUCUUCUUCCAUGGAAUCCUCCAAUUGCAAUUGGGUUCUCAAACAUGUUCCCAUUGUUUUACUAGUUCUAACUUUCUUCCUUAAUUCUUCAACCUAUGCAACUCCAAGUUCUUCAUCAUCACUUUUGGACCUUGUGGUUGCCAACACCACAACCAUGCACCGCAAUUUCACUGCGGUAUCAAAUUUUAGACUCAUAAACAGAAGGAUUUUGAAGGAUUGCUCUGCUUCAAGCCCUUUUGUUCAAGUCAAUGUCACCUCCACCACAAACUCUAGCCUCUCAGAUGAGGAGUUUGUGACGGUUACAGUCACUGGCGUUUCAAAACCUUCAGAUGGUGAUUGGGUGGCUAUGAUCUCACCUUCAAAUUCUAAUGUGGAAACUUGUCUCCUCAAUGAGUUCUACUAUCUACAAACUGGUGACACUUCAAAACUUCCUCUGCUUUGCCAUUACCCUGUCAAGGCACAAUACAUGAAAAUGGAUCCAGAUUACCUCAGUUGCAAAAACAAAGAAUGUAAGCAAAACCAGAAUGGGAAAUCCAGUGUCACAACUUGCAGUGGCUCAAUAAAGUUCCAUGUUAUCAACAUAAGAAGUGACAUUGAGUUUGUGUUCUUCUCUGGUGGAUUCCUGAAACCCUGCAUUGUGGGAAGAUCCUUGCCUCUUGGUUUUGCUAAUCCUAAGAAGCCACUCUAUGGCCAUCUUUCAAGCAUAGAUUCAACUGGAACAUCAAUGAGAUUGACAUGGGUUAGUGGAGACAAUGAACCUCAGCAAGUCCAGUAUGGAGGUGGAAAAACUGUUACAUCAGCAGUCACCACAUUUUCACAAGAUGAUAUGUGCACUUCAGCCCUGCCAAGUCCAGCCAAGGAUUUUGGAUGGCAUGACCCAGGAUACAUCCAUUCAGCAGUUAUGACAGGACUUAAGCCUUCAAGUACCUUCUCCUACAAAUAUGGAAGUAACUCAGCUGGUUGGAGUGAGCAAAUCCAGUUUUCAACUCCACCUGCUGUAGGAUCAGAUGAGCUCAAAUUCAUUACAUUUGGUGAUAUGGGCAAGACUCCUCUUGAUGCUUCAGAAGAACACUACAUUCAGCCAGGAGCUCUUUCUGUUAUUAAAGCUAUUGCCAAUGAUGUAGAUUCAAACAAUGUAAACUCAGUCUUUCACAUUGGAGACAUAAGCUAUGCAACAGGUUUUCUAGCAGAAUGGGAUUUCUUCCUUAACCUUAUCAAACCAGUAGCUUCCAGAGUUUCAUACAUGACAGCAAUUGGCAAUCAUGAGAGGGAUUAUAUAGAUUCUGGUUCAGUUUAUGGUACCCCCGACUCUGGUGGUGAAUGUGGAGUACCUUAUGAAGCAUACUUUCCAAUGCCCACUGCAGCAAAGGAUAAGCCUUGGUACUCAAUUGAACAAGCAAGUGUUCAUUUUACAGUAAUAUCAACUGAGCAUGACUGGUCAGAAAAUUCUGAGCAGUACGAAUGGAUGAAAAAGGACAUGGCAUCAGUUAAUAGACAAAAUACCCCUUGGCUAGUCUUUAUGGGACAUAGACCAAUGUACACCUCCAGCCAUGGAUUGUUCUCUACAGACACAAAAUUUACUGAAGCUGUGGAGCCAUUGCUAUUAGAGAAUAAGGUUGACUUAGUUCUUUUUGGUCAUGUGCACAACUAUGAGAGAACUUGUUCCAUCUAUCAAAAUCAAUGCAAAGCCAUGCCUACAAAAGACAAAAAUGGAGUAGACACAUAUGAUAACAGAAAUUACAGUGCCCCUGUUCAUGCUGUUAUUGGCAUGGCUGGCUUCACCUUGGACAAGUUCCCAAACAAUGUUGAGAGCUGGAGCCUGAAAAGGAUUUCUAAGUUUGGUUAUUUAAGAGCAAGUGCUACUAAAACAGAUUUAAACCUAGAGUUUGUGAUCUCAGAUACCAGGGAAGUUAAGGACAGUUUCCACAUUACAAAGUGAAAGCUCACUAUAAGAAAAAGAACAUAUAAAUAAGCAGGUUUAAUAUAUAUAGAUUGAGACACACAUAAAGACAAAUACACAAUCAUGGUAUUGAAAGGCAAAGGAUGUCUAGAGACAGUUGCAGAGUCAUUUUUUACACUGUAUAUGGUUGUUCUAUCAUGUAGGACUCUCUUCUUCAGUCUAUGAUAUCUUGUAGCUCCAACCCAACAUCUGUAAUUCUUAUCCAAAUCAGAAUGAUAAUAAUAUUCCAUCUAUUCAUUUAGAAGCAUUUCCAUCUUAAAUAAAGGAAAAAUUGAUGAUGGGAAAUAAGGACUCAGACUUUAUGUGAUUUAUUUAUGAUUUGUAAUCAAGAUGUAUAUGUCACGAAAAGGCACUCAUCUAAUAAAUCAUUCUACUUAUUUUCAUAA